UCAUCCUAGUCUCUAUGACGGCUGUGAGGUGAGAACCUCUGGCCCUGAACGACAGGUUUGGAUCCAGAGGAUCCGGUUUCAUCACGGCCAACCAACCAGGAACUAAACACACAAACACAGAGAGUGCCACCAUGGGCGACGACAACGGAGCUGAGCUGAGGCGCACCCUGGUGGUGGUCUCCUCGGAAGCCCUCUGGUCUACCCUGACCUCCGUCCUGCAGGAUAACCCAGGCGGGGAGGGGAUCGGCGUGGUGCUGAGCACAGCGGGACCGUACCGGGUCUGCGACGUCACGGUGGACCAGUGGUCCCUCCGCCUGCUCUCCGUCGCCCUCGGGAAGGACUCGUCCCCCGAGGCCAUCGGCCGGGCCUUGGACGGCUGCUUCCGGUCCGUCGGCCGCGGAGCGGUGGUGUUCCUGCUCCUCCUCCGAGGGGGGCGGUACACCGAGGAGGAGGAGGCGCUGGCGGGGGUCCUGCGGGAGCGCUUCGGACCCGAGGUGUUUCGGUUCCUGCUGGUCGUGUCUCUGGAGCGCGACACGGUGGUGGUGGUGGACGUGCUGGACGACGGCCUCCUGGAGCUCAUCCGCCUCUGCGACGGGAGGUUCUGCCGGGUCACCGGGGCGCCGGCCACCCGGGCCGAGCUGGCGGCGCUGCGCGCGGCGGUGGAGCAGACGCUGGAGGAGAACGGGGCGGGCGGGUACAGCCAGGAGAUGCUGGGCGAGGCCGGCCGGAGGAACACGGAGGACACGGCCAUGGGCCUCCUGACGGAGAAGCUGCUGAGGGCGGAGGAGCUGCAGGAGGCCUUCAGGGAGACGGUCAGGCAGCGGGAGGAGGAGCGCGGGAGGGAGCUGGAGGCGCUGAAGAGGAGGCAGGAGGAGGAGAGGAAGAGCGAGGCCGAGGAGCACGGCCGGUAUCAGGAGAAGAAGAAGAGCCUGGAGGAGGCGGUGAGGAGUCACGCCUUCAUGGUCCAGCUGGAGAUGAACGGUGCUCCUGAUCCGUUCAAUCUGUCGUUGUCUUGUCUCGGUGUCCAAGAUGACGAGACCAGGAAGACCUCUGUCAUCCUGGUGGGUCUGUCUGGCAGCGGGAAGACCUCCGCCAUGAACCUGAUCCUGAGGAGAGCGGAUCAGCGCUACUCCCCCAGAGACCCCCACCCCGGCCCUCCGGAGCCUCGGCCCGCCACCACCCGCUGCCUGGGGAAGGAGCUCCACCACCAGGGGCAGCGCUUCCUCCUGGUCGACACCCCGGAACUGCUGGACGAGGACGGAGCGGAGAACCUGGAGGUGGUGAAGGACUGCCUGGCCCUGGCGCUCCCGGGCCCACACGUCGUCCUCCUGGUCUUCCAGACGGGCCGCUUCACCCAGGGCGAGGCCGAGCUACUUGCUCAGCUUCCCAAGACCUUCGGUCCCCAGGUUCUGGAGCGAAGCAUCGUGGUCUUCACCCGCGCCGACGGCCAGACGUCGAGGAGCGUGGAGCGCUACGUGGCCGACGCCCCCGCCGCUCUCCGGGAGACGGUGCGCCGGUGUGGGAGCCGCUACCACGGGCUGAACGUGGGAGAGUCCCGGAGCGCGCUGAGCUUCCCACAGGUGAAGGACCUGCUCGCGGGGGUCAAGAGACUGGUGGCUUCGCACGCAGGAGAACCGAUGGCGUCCAGAAGGUUUUCCACCGAGGAGCUCAGGAAGAGGAAGGAACGCCGUAAUAUCGAGGAUGGAUUCUGACGGAUCUGCCGUGUGGUGGAACAGUUUUGACGAUACAGCUUUUCACGUCUAUGAUAACAUGAAUAGAAAGUACACAUGAAGGGUUACAUGCUCAGACCUGUGAUAGGCCGACGGGAUGUAAUGACAUCAAAAUUUUGGGGGUUGGGCAUAACCACGAUUAAUGUUUCUGGAAGUUGUGGAAUAAACAGUUGAUGAACUAAU